AUGUUCUAUAAAGCUAUCAAUGCAUGCGUCGGAUACAACAUGAGAUACUGCGGAUUUGGAGAGAGAUACCAGAACGAGAGAAUAUUAAAAAAUACUCUGACUGAUAUAGUUCUUCUGUUAUGUUUCCUUCUGGCCAACACUGUGGUACUGCUAACACUUUUAACAAGAACUACAUAUCACAUUUUGCACGUAUUACUGCGAUCUUUUAAGUGGGUACAAAGUUGUGUUUCAAACGAACCAAGACGACUCGUUGCAACAGCUGAGACGAGUAUUUCAAAUAGAAGAUACUCAACAGAAACUUUUGUGUCAAGAUUAAGCAAGUGA